AAUUAAAAGUGUAUUUCUAACUGGAGAUAGCAUAUGAUGUGAUGAUGCGGCGUGGCAAAGCGCUGCUGGAAAGCAGCCGACAGGGCUCUGUCGACGGAAAUAGCAAUGUGGAAAGUGAUAAGGAGCUGGUGCACAAAUGCCAUAGUGAUCCAGGUGGAGGGAGGGCGUUAGGGUCUAACCCUAGAACGCACAGACAUCGUUCUGCUUCGGGCGCAGCCAAGAAGUGUGUGCUCACUCUUGAUGGAUACUCUUACGUUAUUGAACAAGGCGCGCUUACCAUAGUGCGGCGCUCGUCGAGCCGCUCGAAGGGCGAGAGUUGCUCGACGCCCACUGACGAACAGCUCGAUCAGGUCGACCUUGACACUGACAACUUGCCCGCCGUCGACACGCCCGAUGCCUGCGAUAAAGCCGCACUUAGAUUACGCUAUCUCCUUAGACAAUUGAAUCGUGGCGAAAUAUCCGCGGAGACUCUCCAAAAGAACCUUCAAUACGCAGCAAAGGUCCUCGAGGCCGUCUACAUAGAUGAAACCAAGGAUAGGCGAGUCGCGGAGCAGCCGCGCGCGCAGCCCGCCUCGCUGCCCGUACGUCGCCUGCGCACGCCUUGCUGGGCAAGGUGCUCAGUAGAGAAACCGAACGAAGCAAAACCGGCAGUGGCGCGCCAGCAGUCCGCCCCGACCCUGGUGUUUAGGCGACUGGCGGAUGAAGAUGACGAGUUGUCCGAAGUACAGCCUGACGCUGUACCUCCUGAGGUCCGAGAGUGGUUGGCGUCGACAUUCACGAGGCAACUGGCGACGUCGAAACGAAAAUCUGACGAGAAGCCGAAGUUCCGAUCUGUGGCGCACGCGAUCCGCGCGGGCAUCUUCGUUGACAGAAUCUACAGGCGGGUUACUAGCACCGCUCUUAUGCAGUUCCCGCAGGAUGUUGUUAGAGUUCUGAAGACAUUAGACGAAUGGUCGUUCGACGUGUUCGCGCUGCACGAGUCCGCAGGCGGAGCACCCGUCAAGUACCUCGGCUACGAGCUACUCAACCGAUACGGAAUGAUACAUAAGUUUAAGGUCCCAUCAACGGUUCUAGAAAACUUCCUAAGUCGGAUAGAAGAGGGGUACUGCAAGUUCCAUAACCCUUACCAUAAUAAUCUGCACGCAGCUGACGUCGCCCAAACCGUACACUACAUGCUGUGCCAGACUGGUUUAAUGAAUUGGUUGUCGGACCUAGAGAUCUUUGCGACACUAGUGGCAGCGGUAGUGCAUGACUUCGAGCACACCGGCACAACGAACAACUUCCACGUCAUGUCUGGGUCCGAGACUGCGUUGCUAUACAACGACCGAGCUGUGCUCGAGAACCAUCAUAUUAGUGCUGCUUUUAGGCUGAUCCGCGACGAAGAAUGCAACAUCCUACAGAAUCUCUCUAGAGACGAGUUCCGCGAGUUCCGUACACUUGUCAUCGACAUGGUGCUGGCCACGGACAUGUCUUUCCACUUCCAGCAGCUGAAGAACAUGCGUUCUCUGCUGUCCCUUGCCGAGCCCUCCAUUGACAAAUCGAAGGCUACGUCUCUUGUGCUACACUGUUGUGAUAUUUCACACCCUGCUAAGAGAUGGGAUCUACACCACCGAUGGACAAUGAGCUUACUCGACGAAUUCUUCCUGCAAGGAGAUAAAGAACGCGACUUGGGGCUUCCUUUCAGUCCUCUAUGCGACAGAAACAACACCCUUGUGGCAGAAUCGCAGAUCGGUUUCAUAGAAUUCAUAGUGGAACCAAGUAUGGCCGUCUGUGCUGACAUGCUGGAGUACAUCCUCGGACCCUUGCAUACGAGCACGAAGAACAACGCGUCGACAAACCAGGAAGCUAUUAGUGAGGAAAGAGAAGUGCACGAAACCAGCCAGAAGUUCAAGAUUAGAAAGCCGUGGGUAACGUGCCUCAGUGACAAUAAGAAGAUAUGGAAAGAGCAAGCUGCUAAAGAUGCAGAGGCCCGAGCCAAGCUUGAGGAAGAGAGCGCGAGCGCCGCUGUCGCACCUCCGCCAGAAGAAUAAUAUUUAGCCACAUUUGUAAAUAGCGUUAAGAGUAGUUGUUACAACAUGUUCCAGUCGCUGUUGAACAAGAAUUAAUUCGUUUAAGGUCUGGGACUGUUAAGCUGAAAAAGACCUUUGGGGAGGCGUAAAAUUUCAUGACCAUUGCGCCUAGCAAAGGAUCGCUAAAUAGGUAAUAUCCCAUCUUUUUUCCCGCCAAUUCAGACAGGAGGAUCAUGUUUUAUAUCCGUUUCCUCAUUUUAUUUGUGCUGUAUUUUUUUAUAAUGUUCACGUAAAUCACUUGAUGUUCGCGUUUGUCUAAUAGCUUUGAAUUUAGCGAUUCCUAAAGGUCCUCACUUGAUUUUAAUUUUAUAUUGCAUUGAGAAAUUGCGCGCACAGUCACAUAGUAAAAAAAUAGUGACACUUACCUCUCCUACACCAUUAUGCAAAUAUCAAAGAUAGUAUUUUCCAUCAUAUAACCUGAUUUUGAAAAAUCAAGCUCGUUUAAAAAGACACUAGCUUUCUAAUUGAAAUGCAACCUUCUAAAACUACAUAGACGUAGAAAAAAACUGCAAAAGUAUGUACCUUUUAAACUUAAUAGUCCCAAAUAAAAUUGAUGUGAACGCUUGGACGUUGCUGGAGUUGUGUGUGACGCACAAAGUGAACUUUAAGCACAACGCGUAUAAAGCCUGAUGUAUAAUUCUCUAUUUGGAAGACACCAUAGUGAGCCAAAUUCGUUACGGCGGCCGCAGAGCGGUGUGACGCCACUAGUUAUAAGGGCGUUUUGGAGUAAUUCUGGUUUUUCACACCAUUAAACAUGAACAUACAUAUGUAGCUGUACUUAUAACAAUAGAACGUAUAUGUAUUUUGUGUUGAACGAAACAACUGAUACACUGCUGGUAGACUUUUCUAGAGCCAAUAUUCUUCAUCGUGUCGCCUAAUGUGCGCCUCUUUAAUGUACCGGAUGAUUUAUUUUAAUCAUCGAUUUUUCAAGUUGAUGUUUGCGCGUGUACUCCAAUUUAUGCAAAUGAAUAUAAUUUAACCUAAGAAAUAAGUAGCAGAAAAUCAGUGUAACUCCAAAAUGUACAUUUCAUUAAGUAGUUAAAUGUAUUCCAUGCUAAUUUCUUGUUGUAUCCGAGGAGGUGAUGGCGGCGCUGCUGGUUUCAAAUAUCAAAUAGGUAUAAUAACCAUCUGAUACGACACAAAAAGUUAAAAUAACCUAUGUAUUAUAAAGUCAUAAUGUUAUAUUAGGUAACAUCUAAAUGCUUUAUAACAGUGGAGUCGUUUAAUGAGUAUUUAAACCAGCCAUUAUGUGCCCCGACAAAAACCCCGCGAACUGUUGGUACAUUUCCAUCUACAGUUUUGACAGGGGCUCUACGCUAUGUUUUUUUCAUUAACAUAGGUUAUGGUAUAUAACUACACGAACAGCCGACUGCUGAAAUAAAUACAACUCUACAUCAAAGCGUGAAACACACUGACAGUGGGUGCGGUUCGGAUGCGUGUCGGGUCGUGCGUGCAUGGCGGGUGUAAUACUAUGUAUUUAUACGGACGGGUGCGGGACCCGAUUUGCGAACGUCUCGCGCUCGAGCGUGGUGUGUUGUCGUUCAUUUAAAUACACGG